AAGCUCGCUCGAAACAAGCACAGAGUCAGCGAGCGUAAGCAGCCCCUUCGCACGAAGCGCUUAUGCAGAUACCCAGACACUUGGGCUCAUCACCAGAGUGGACGUAACAGCGGUGUGAUUCACAGCGGAAUUUACUACACCCCGGGAUCUCUGAAAGCGAAGCUGUGCGUGCGGGGGGCAGCCCUCUGCUACGAGUACUGUGACCAGAAGGGAAUACCGUAUAAACAGUGUGGGAAGCUAAUUGUAGCCGUUGAACAAGACGAAAUUCCAAGACUCAAAGCUCUGUACGAAAGAGGGCUGCAGAACAACGUCCGAGGCCUGAAACUGAUUGGAGCGAAAGAAAUACAAGCAAAAGAACCCUUCUGCAGGGGUCUGAUGGCCCUUGAUUCUCCAUAUACUGGCAUUGUGAAUUAUAGACAAGUGGCCCAGUCCUAUGCUGAAGACUUCCAGGAAGCAGGUGGGACGAUCUUGACUGAUUUUGAAGUGACAAACAUGGAGAUGGCUAAAGAGAGUUCUUCAGAAAAUGAAGAUGGGCUGAAAUACCCAGUCAUUGUUAGGAACUCUAAGGGUGAGGAAAUCUACUGUCGGCACGUUGUGACCUGUGCAGGACUUUACUCGGACCGCUUGUCUGAAAUAAGCGGCUGCAGCCCUGAGCCUCGUAUUGUGCCCUUCCGUGGAGAUUACUUGGUGCUAAAGCCGGAAAAGUGCUAUAUGGUUAAAGGAAACAUUUAUCCAGUUCCCGAUCCUCGGUUUCCUUUUCUGGGAUUUCAUUUCACACCGAGAAUGGACGGCAGCGUUUGGCUUGGUCCUAAUGCAGUGCUAGCCUUUAAGCGAGAGGGCUACAAAUUGCUUGACUUCAGCACUACAGACUUUUUAGAUGCUGUUCUGUACAGCGGGUUAUGGAAGCUGGUACUGAGAAACUUCUCGUAUGGACUGAGUGAAACGUACAGAGCGUGUUUUCUUGGCGCGCAGGUGAAGCAGCUGCAGAGGUUCAUCCCUGAGAUCACCAUCAAUGAUAUACUCAGGGGUCCAUCUGGAGUGAGAGCCCAAGCGCUGGACAGCGAUGGAAAUUUGGUAGAUGACUUCGUAUUUGAUGGAGGCACCGGAGAUAUCGGAAGCAGAAUUCUUCAUGUCAGAAAUGCCCCUUCUCCUGCUGCUACCUCUUCCCUUGCCAUCGCGAAAAUGAUUGCGGAUGAAGUGAAGCAAAGAUUUGAAUUGUGAACGAUGGAAAGGUGCAAUGGUUUUAGCCCUCAUAUGUGGAGCAGCUUGUCUGCACUGAAUGAACUCUACAGCCUGUAAUGACAAAGAUAAAGCAGGCAACUUCUUACUUGCAAGAUCAGCGCUGGUAUAGCUGUGUGCAAAACCAGCCAUUGCAAUGUUUGCCUUCGCAAGCCCACAACUUAUAGACUUCCUGAAUAAAGGAGUUACGAUGCCUGAUAAGAUCUAGUGCUACACUGACAUCUGCAAGAAACGAGCACACGGCCAAUUUACGGUAGAGGCUGCCUCAUUCAUCCAAGCAGGGAAAGCCUGCGGAGGGGCUGGUGCUGGGCUUUCAGCGAGGGUCCUAGCGCAGUUGUGGGCCACAGAUGGAGCACGAAGAGCUGCUCUGGGUGGGUUGCCCACGCUGACUUCCCAUGCCUCUUCCUUGCACUCUGUUAGAGACAGGCUGAUCCUCUGAAAAACCACAAGCACGGGGAAGUUCUGUGUGCUUUCUCUCCGUCUCUCUUUAUAUCGAUUUGGAGCGUUCAAUCCCCUAACUUAUAUUAAAAUAAUGGAGAUAGAAGGAUAAGCAGUGCUUAAGGGUUCUGCAAAUAUGGAAUUAAGGACUUUAUUAUAGACUGAAAACAAAAUUCAGAGCCUGCUACAUGAAUGUAGAGUGUUUCAGUGAAAAAUAAGCCUAACAAGGGAUUACCAAAUCCAAGUCAAUUUUAGAUAUGUGAUUCAGAUAUGCAGUCUGUCUGAUCUGUCUCUCUUUUUGUAUACAGCUGAAAUCAAAAUGUAUGCAUAAACAGUCUUUUUUCAUCUAACCUAAACUUGGGAAGUCAGCACUGAUCAAGAACUACUUUGGUGGGUGGGUUUGUUUUUUUCUUUUGAGUACUGGUAAUUCAAAAGCAGCUCAUCUUUGUAGAGCGUGUUGAGCAAUCCAGUGCAAAUGGUCCUUAUAAAAGCAAAUGUGAAGGGAGGGAAGCUACAGAAACCUGUCUUAAUUGAGUCACGUUGCAUACCGCUUCCCUUAGUGCUCAAAUAGCAAUGAGUCAGGAAGGUUUCCCAUUUCCCACAUGUCUGGCAAGAGGGGAGCUUAGAACGUACUGGUUACUCUUGUGAACUCUUAGGCGUCCUUGAAGCAUUAUCAAAGGUGCACCUGGAAGAGGAUCUGUAUGGAGAACGUGCUUUGAACUAUAGAGAGCUGUUAAACAAAUUUGGUACUAAGCUAACUGAGUAUCUUGGUGUGUUCUGCAUAAUUGCUGCCAAAAAAAGAAAAAAAAGAAUUAUGUGGCCCCAGGGACAAAGUACUUCAGAAUACUUUUAAAGCAGAUGUUCACAGGAUGUUGGGUAAUACAGAUAAUCGUGGGUAGUUUGCUACCAGGCAAUUUGCCAUAUUCUUUUUUUUUUUUAAGUUACUUUCUGCACUUCUCUAACAUGCAUGAGGGAGUGUGUUAGCAGAGGAGGUCAGGUGUGCUGGCUGAUCUGUUCUCUCUGUACAGGGCUGAGCAACUCUUGAGACUGCAAGGGCUUAACUUUUCCUUUUUUUUUUUUUUUUUUUUCUUCCUCCUGGUGACAUCUAGUUCACUAGAAAAGUGACCCCCAUAUAAGGGCACCUCGGAAAUUCAAAUCAUCGGUUCCUCAAAGAGAAGCUUCGAGCAUUAUUUUUAGCCGCGAUUAAAACCAGACAAAGGUUUAGGUCUUCCAAACGCUCAUAGGGCGCACAGCUGUGCAGAAGUCCCGUCUUCGCAAGGAAACAAUCGCAUCUUCACUCCUUUCCAGAAAUGUUGCCUAUCAACGGUAAAUACUGCAAAAAGAUUGCAAAAGCAACUUCCUCCCACGCAAGGUGUGGCCCUGACAUGUAUUAACAGAAUAAAGAACAUUAAAACGUAAA